UGCCGCGCUUUUUCUUUUCGUCGCUGAGGCACCUGUAGGAGUCCAAGUAUUUUCGUGUUAUAAGGCGUAUUAAGGAUUUCUUUAAAGGUAUAUAUUGCUUCUGAGUUUCCUAACAGUAUACGCUGGUAUUAACAUGCCGUCCCUGGUCGGCUAGUGGUUAAAGCGCAAGUGUGAUUGAAGUUUAAAUUUAAUCGACUCGGGACUGUGAGCCAACCGUAUUUUAACAGCUCUACAUUUUGAGAACGACUGGAAAUGACUGGCCGGGCAAGACCAAGGACAAGAGCGCGCGGCAGAGCGCGCGGUCAGGAGACUGCCGCACCUGGAGCAAGCCAGGCCGAUGAGCCUGCACCUGCAGAGGCCCCUCCUACAGAGAGUGAGCUGAUUGGUAGAGGGAGGCAGAGAGGUGCUCCAGGACCCUUUUCUGCAGAAGCUCUUCUGCAGAUUUCAGCUGGAUUUCAACAGGUGAAGCUGGGAGAAAGAGGUGGACGCCGCCAGGAUUUUCAUGAUGCAGGGGUUUACACUAGGCAGGCUAUGGAGCAUGUUAAGGAAUCAAAGUCUGGGACAACUGGUUCUGCCAUUCAGUUGAGGGCAAACUUUUUUCGCAUCCUGUCCCGCCCUCAAUGGGUUCUGUACCAGUACCAUGUGGACUUCAAACCACCAAUGGAGUCUCGUCGCAUGAAAAGCGCCCUUCUCUUCCAGCACGAGGAAGCACUUGGCUCAGCACGUAGCUUUGAUGGAGCAAUACUCUUUCUGCCUCGCCGAUUGCACAGCAAGGAGACAGUGCUGUACAGUGAGACAAGGACUGGAGAGAAGGUUCAGAUCAGUGUCACUCUGACAAAUGAACUGCCACCAACAUCACCAGUGUGCAUUCAGUUUUACAACAUCAUAUUCAGAAGGAUCUUGAGGAUUCUGAACAUGCAGCAGAUUGGAAGGGACCAUUUCAACCCAAAUGAUCCACUGAACAUCCCAGCACACAAUCUGACCAUAUGGCCAGGAUUCUCCACUACCAUUUUGAAUUAUGAGUCAGCCGUCAUGCUGUGUACAGAUGUGACCCACAAGGUGAUGCGUAGUGAGACUGUCCUCGACUUUUUAACCAGCCUGAGGCAGAAGCAUACGGGGAGCCAGUUCACUGAGAUGUGCGAAAAGGAGCUUAUUGGACUCAUAGUCCUUACAAAGUACAACAACAAAACCUACAGGAUUGAUGGAAUUGCAUGGGAUCAGUCACCCAUCAACACAUUCUUGAGGGGAAACACUGAAGUUUCCUUCGUGGACUACUACAAGUCUCAAUAUGGCCUGGAGAUCUCUGAUAGGAGUCAGGUGCUGCUCAUCAGCCAUGUGAGGAAGCGGAGUCCUGCUGGAGCCCCUCCUCCUGGCCCAGCCUUGCUCGUCCCAGAGCUGUGCUACCUUACAGGGCUGACUGACCAGAUGCGAAAUGACUUCAAAAUCAUGAAGGACUUGACCAGCCACACUAAACUGGAGCCGGAAGUGAGAGACAGACGCCUCAGCAGUUUUGUCACCAAUAUACGGAGGAAUCGUGAUGCACAGGCAGAGUUGGAUAAGUGGGGACUGAGCUUUGAUGACCAACUCUUGAACCUGACUGGCAGAGUCCUCCAAACAGAAAAGAUUUUCCAGGCAUCAAGAUCGUAUGACUACGAUCUCCGGACAGCUGACUGGAGCAGACAGAUGCGUGGGAUACCUCUGACCAAAUGUCCUCCACUGAAUAACUGGCUCAUGUUUUACACCCGUCGUAACAGCACCGAAGCGCAGUCCCUCCUGCAAACCCUCGACAAAGUCUCAGGUCCACUCGGUGUCCGCAUGCAGAGAGCUGUCAUGAUCGAGUAUGAGGAUCAUCCGGAGGCUCUCAUCAGAGCCCUGCAGCACAAUGUUGGGUCACAAAUGGACAUGGUGGUGGUGAUCCUCUCCAGUAGCAGACAGGACAAGUACAGCGGUGUCAAGAAGUACCUCUGUGUGGAUUGCCCCACACCCAGCCAGUGUGUGUUGGCUCGUACCCUGAGCCGACCUCAGACACUCAUGAGUGUGGCUACAAAGAUUCUGCUGCAGAUGGCUUGCAAGAUGGGAGGAGAGCUCUGGAGCGUGGAGAUUCCUCUUAAACAGCUGAUGGUUGUGGGCAUUGACUGCUACCAUGACACUGCUGCUGGGAAAAGGUCCAUUGGAGCUCUAGUGGCCAGCCUCAAUCAGACCAUGACCAGGUGGUUCUCCAAGUGUGUGCUGCAGCGCAAAGGUCAGGAAAUCAUGGAUGGUCUGCGGAUGGCCUUGAGUGCUGCACUAAAGGACUAUCAUAAGUUCAACAGCUGCCUUCCUUCACGCAUCAUUGUGUACCGAGAUGGGGUGGGAGUUGGCCAGCUGCAUAGUGUGGUCGACCAUGAGGUUGCACAGAUCAUGGAAUCCAUCAAGUCUAUGGGAGAUGAAUAUCUGCCCAGGCUGAGUGUGGUGGUGGUGACGAAGCGUAUUGCCACCAGGGUCUUUGCCAACAUCGGUGGCAAGGUGUCCAACCCUCCCACAGGCACCAUCAUUGACUCGAAGGUCACUCGUCCAGAGUGGUAUGACUUCUACAUCGUAAGCCAGGCUGUCCGUGAAGGAUGCAUCGCCCCAACCCACUACAAUGUCGUGUAUGACACUAGCGGACUGAAGCCUGAUCAUAUGCAGCGGCUUACUUACAAGCUGUGCCACAUGUACUACAACUGGCAGGGGAUCAUCCGAGUGCCUGCUCCCUGCCAGUACGCUCACAAGUUGGCUUUCCUUGUGGGUCAGAGUAUCCACAAGGAGCCCAGUCUGCAACUGGAUGAGCUGCUCUUCUACUUGUGAGGAUGAAAAAUGAGCAAAUAGUUCAGUUCUGUUUCUGUUACUUUGUGAUAGCACAUUCAAUCUAAUGCAAUGACUCAACCCUGAUUUAUGGUUCUGUGUUGAAUCUAGGCAGAGCCCAACACCGUAGGCUAUGCGGGUUGCAGCGUAGGGUAUGAGGCUACAAAUUACCUGUGCUGCAAGUGCAGCAUAGAUUCAGUGCAGAACCAUAAAUCAAGCCUAAGGCUAUGUACACAUUGCAGGCUUUAAAUUCCCAGUUUGAUUUGUCAAUUUGAUGUUAGUUCAUAUUUGUGCCACGUUGUUUUUGAAUUAAAUAUUUCAGUGGUAUGCAAAUGUUAAUGCAAAUAUAAGUUGUUGUCAGUGCAAAUAUAAGUUGGGUUUUGCCUUUUAAAGGAAAAUGUUGCAGUAAAUGAUGUUCAUAUUGUAGGGGAACCUAUAGUACAACUUUGUUUUAACACAAGUGCUUUGAUUGGUACAGUGUAGCAGAGGUUCUCCAUAGAGGGUGGUAAAACUGUUGAAAUGGUUCUAAUAAACAUUUUUGUUUGUCA